UAUCAUCAAAUGUUUUUAUAUUUCUUUUUCUAAUUGAUAAUUAAUACAAUAAUAAAAUACUCAGUGUGAAAAUAAAACAUGAGUGUCAUCAAAUUUGUUAGGUUUAUUUCUUAUAAUAUUUGAAAUCCCAACUGCAAUUUGGUUCAUUUCGUGUUUGCCAUAAGAUCAGUUUGAACUUCAUCCAUCUAUUCAUUUUGUUAUAUUAGAACCUUGAAGGAUUGGAUUAUCUUUCAUGUUAUGGAAAAACACUUUGCAGCACUGAAAUUAUUAGAUUCAGAUAAUGAUUCUAAGUUGACUAGGACAUUUAGUUAUUCCGAACUACCGUCGUCUCAACGAAUUUAUAUAAAACAAUCGUAUUAUUCCGAAAAUUCGCCUAAUUUGGUUAGACAAUACAGUUACGAACAAAUAUUUGAUAAAACUUCAAACAUCAGACAACGCAAUGACGAAGUUGAGUGGCAGCCAACUAGACCUCCGUCUAACUUUUUUGAAUCCUCCAGUCAGCAAUUCUGUAAAAGUAAUAGUAUAAUACAUACACCAAAAUUCAUACCAGGAAAACAAUCAAGUGAAAUAGAAUCCAAAAAAAUUGAAAAUCUGAAACCUCUGAACGAUUCUAAAUUUUUGUUACAUCCUUCUGUGAACACUGGUAUAAAAGAUAAAGGGGAGUAUCUUCCACGCUCAAAAUCUGAAGAUAAAGAACCAACAGAUAUUCAACAGAAACAAUUUAAUGUUACAAAUGAUAAAAAUAAAGUUGUGUAUAAAGAUAUAAAAAAGAAAUUUAGAUCAUUAGUAGCAAAGAAAGAAAAUAUGGUAACAAAGAAAGUAAGCACAAGUUGCUGUAAUUUCAAAUGUAUAUGCAUCUUUUCAAUAUUUAUAGGAAUACUUGCCUUAUUUUUAAAUCUGGAUUCCUUUAUAAUUUGUGACCAUACCACGCUUUUCUCAAAUGCUAGUUUGGAAUUACAACAAAAAGUAUACGGUCAAAGAAAUGCAAUUUCAAAUAUCAUUUCAUUUUUAAGUACAGACACUUUCUACGUGAAAGUGCUGUGUCUUGUAGGUGGAACCGGUGUUGGUAAAUCUUACACUGUUGGAAUUAUAGCAAAGAAUUUCCCAAAUAAGAAUGGAAUUUUUGUAUAUGAUCCAGUUCUGAAAGACACUAUAGAUAUGAAUGCAUUAAAUUCUUCUCGCUCAAACAUGUUGUUGAUUAUGGAAAAUUUAAAAAUGAAAGACAUAGAUUUCUUUUCCGAUACAAUGAGCUUAUUAAGCAAGAAUAAAAAUAAAUGCAUUACAGUAUUAGCUGUUUUCAAUGUUAAGAACAUAAAUAAUUAUUUAGAAAGAGAAACAAGCUCUGUACAGAACGAAGAUGCAAUCAGCAAAGCUUUUGACAAUACAAACAUUAAGUUUUUAAUUGUUCCUUAUAAACCUUUAGAUGACCAGGUAUUAGAGAUGUGUAUAACAGAAGCAGCAAGAAAUAGCAACAUGACUCUGGCCCAGAGUCAAAUACACGUAAUUAAACAAAGUUUACUAUUUUCUAAUAGUGGUUGUAAAGGUGCUCAUAGCAAAGUACAAGUUGUUGGUAGAGGGUAAAUUUGACAAAUCUCUUUGUUUUUAAAUGUACUGUGUGAUAAUGAUGAAAGACUUAUGGAAGACUGAAGUAACGAAUUCAUGUGCUCAAAAGGUCAUAAGUGUAGUCUAUUAUUUUUAAAAUUAGUUACUAUUAUAUACAUUCUGCAUUUAUAUCAUUUUCAUCAUAAUUUUGAAGUUUCUUGUAAGCUAGUGUUUCCUAUUGCCUAUGAACAUAGUAUUUGUGCCAAGCUGAGUAUAAUUAUUAUUUUUGUAUGAUAAAUGUUAUUUUGAUUGUAAUAAAUGAGAUAAAAUAAAUAUUUAAAGCCCUGGUUUUAUUCAUUUCAAGACGCACGAUUCAAAACAGAUGGUGCGCGAAAUCCGUACGGACGGACUCUGUAUACUGGCAAAGUUCUUUUACGCACGUAAUUUCUCCGUCUCUAGUCGGAACAUUCUUGGGGGUAUAGUCACAUUUCACUUUCUGAUUAUAAGUGUUCAGAGUAUUGCGUGUCAAAACUUGGUAAGAAAACAGUACUAUCGAAGUAACGGUUACGUGUACUUAUGUCAGUACGAUCGCUACCGUUAUGCGUAACCGUAACGAUUUAUCUUAUUUUCUAUUCUAACACUUCCUUCUCUUCUUUCUUUACCCUCCAAAUCCUUUUUUUAGAAGAUCCGUAUUUAUACUUUUACUUUUAUAAUCAACGACAUUUUGUUUCAUUUCGAUUCCUGUACUGGUGUUGACAAUGAUCAAUAAUAAAUAUAUCAAAGAAAAAAAAGGAAGAGGGUAUUUUCUUUAGUUGAAAAUUCACAUCUUUUGCGAUUAAACAAUACGAUAGUCAAAAUCAUGUUGACGUAACGACGUCUAACCAAGUAAAAGCAAGAUCCGCUGUCUUCAUUUCUUUUACGUUAUCGUUAAACUUACAAGAGAUUGAAUCUAGCUGAAAAGAAAUUUCCUAAUUGCUUGUUACGUGGACCGGUGAUGUAAGCUAAAAACAGUUACGUGUAAUAUAGAGGUUAUUAAAAAAAGGUACCACCACGUGUUUAAGAACUUAUUCGGAUGUAACAUGGGAAGUACCGUCAAGCGUUAUUAUUGUUACUAUCAAUCAUGUUACAUUUUGAUUUAAAAAAAAACUUCCUGAAUUUUUAGUUCGGCAUAAUCUAGCCAUAAAAAAAUGACCGUUACCGAAUCGCAUGGUCCGUUUCAUUCUUACCUUGCAAUGUUAAAGUACUUCUGGUAACUCUUUACAUAAGUUCGAUAUUUAUCAAAGCUGCGAUUACAUAUUCCGAAAAAAUCUCGCCGAGCAAUUAGAUCGAAGCGAGGAACAAAUAUUUAAUAUUUUUUUCGAAUCUUCGGGUAAAUAUAACGUCAAAUGCUGAUCCGGAAACUGUGACAGAACGUUACACGCUCGUGCGUAUAAUUCCCGAAAAGUUUUGUAAGGAGCUCGUUACCGCCAAGGAGGGAAAGAAUCGUUACGAAAUUGUCGUGCAUCGUUUAGACUUUAGGUGAACGACGGUUCCUACCAUCGUAUCUAUAAAAGACGGACAAUUGGGUAAACCGCGGCAGUUCUGUACUUAUACUUCGCCAGGAUAUACGCGGAACUAUUUGUACUCGGUGUCAGGAACCAUUUGCCUUUCGACCAAUAAGGUAUCGAGUUUUAAAGACUGUAUCAGCUGUUCCUCGAAGGGACUUUGUUUCACGACCCCAGAAGAACAAGCCGCAAGGAUACCGAAGGUGGAGUAAGAAGAAAGGUGUAACUGGAAAUUAUAAAAGAGCGCUCCGCGGUUAAGAGGAGACAGUCUCCUCCAACUACUCACCUGCGUGACUUCGAUCCGGAACUCCGUUCGAUAAGCUUUCGGAUUCUGAAAAUUUGAAGUUGCGUUGACGUUCCUUCGAAAGUACUCGGUCGAGCAGCAAAAUGGGA